UCAUUAUUUCCCAAUUUCUUUCCUGAGUUACCUGCCCAUUAUAUUACCAACUACAGAUGCUGCGAGUAUUUGGUGCAGUGGGAUAAAAAUAGAAUCUCACCAUAUUUUAUCCCCUCAGUCAAAAUGGUCAGCAUUUUGGACUCAGUGAACAAUAACAACCCUCGCUUCCUGAAAGUCCUCCUGGCUGUCCCACAAUCCAUCAAUAAACGAGAGCUGGAGGCCGCAUUCCUACGGAGCUCAAAACUAGGUCACGCGGAGUGCAUCCGCUGCAUUCUCGCCACAGGAAUUGACACAGAAAUACAAGACACGAACGGGAAAACUCCUCUAUUUUUAGCGGUAGAAUACGACAAACCUGCUCUGGUUGAAAUUCUGCUGGACUCGCACUGCAAUACAAAUGUUCGGGGCCCUGGACAAUCUACACCUGCCCACCUCGCAGCCAAACUGUACCACAACCCAUGUCUGGAAUUACUGGUGUCUCAGCAAGCUAAACUUAACUUGAGGGAUUCCUGUGGGAAUACCCCUUUGAUCAUUGCUUCAAAGUAUGGGAAUUAUGAGGGGAUGGGGAUCCUACUCAAAGCUGGAUGCGAUGUGGAUGUUCAGAACAAGGAGGGGUGUACCGCUCUACAUUACGCCAGCCACAAGGCACGUGGGGUCAAGCUGUUGUUGGCGGCUGGGGCGGAUCCAAAUGUUCGAGACGUAGACAAUAUCACCCCUCUCAUCAUGGCUGCCAGUGAAGGGUUCGAUGAAGUGGUGAAAUCGCUGGUGAAAGCAAAGUGUGAUGUAAAUGUGCAAAAUAAUUCCGCAAAAAAGACUGCGCUUCACAUUUUGGCCUGGAAAGGUCAUUCCGACUGCAUUAACGACCUAAUCCUCGGAGGAGCAGACGUUAAUAUCUACGACAAAUUCUACCAUACUCCAAUGUGGUAUGCAGUCAAAAACAAACGCUACGAGGUUGUAAAACUUCUCCUUCGAGCUAACUACGUUGUUGACACAUUUCAAUGCUUGCCCACAAUCCCCUCUGAGGCCUGUCCUGUCCGACUGGCUCUGUCUGAAGGUAUGAUUGAUGUAAUUAAACUCUUUGUUCUCACUGGAUUUGACAAGGGGCACCUGCGAGCCCGACUUCAAGAUGCAGAACUACGAGGAAAGUUGGACCACUACGAAGAUAUUGAGCACUGGUUGGAGCAUGCGGAAGGCGUGCUGACCCUCAAACAGAUUGGUCGUCAGUGGAUCCGACACCAUCUAGGCCUGGCUUUCUACCACCAUCUCCACCUCCUCCCAAUACCUCCAGCCAUGAAGGACUUUAUUUCCAUGAAGGAACUUGAUGAAGAACACUGAAAUGCGUAAUCUGUGUGUGAAUUUGAAUUCUCACUAAAUCAUUAUCCUAGUAAAAGAAUAAAAUCAAUUCAUUGUAUUUUGUUAACUUUGAAUAAAUUCUUCAGAUGUGU